AUGGGCUGUACAUCUUCAAUAGAAUAAACUACUAUGAUCUCCAGUAAGCCUGGAAGACCUAAGAUCACAAAAUCAAUGUCAAAUAGCUCGAUUGUUUGCUAUAGGAACUCAAAAAUCAGGGAAAAUGUCACAAUCCUUAAUUAAGGGAAAUCAUAGCUUGAUUCUUAAUUCAUCACUCAAAUGUUGAAGAAACACUAUAUAUUUUAUUAAUUGAAUGAGGAGUCUAUCCAGAACAUUAUUAAACAUAUGUUCUAUUGUUUGAUCAAGCAAAAUCAUCCCUUGUACCAGAAUAUUAAUACUCCAUCUUGUAUGUUCCUAGUGGAUAAGGGCCAGCUGAAAACUUAGAACUUCACACUGUUCCAGCCAGGUUCCAUUGUAGGCGAGGACAAUUUGUUGUUGGGAUCCAUCAAAUUUAUUGAAGCCAAUGAAGACACUUAUAUGUGGGGUUUGGACAAAGUGCAAUUCAACAAGGCAAUCUAAGGGAUCAUCUCGCAAUCCUUUAUAACCAAUAGAGCAUUUCUAUAGCAAUAAUAUUUGUUCCAGUAUUUCAGCUAAAAUUAAUUAGAUGGAAUUGCUGCAAACAUAUUGCCAGUCCAAUAUCAAAAAAAUCAAGUGAUGUUCUCAGAUGAUGCCUUUGUAAUCAUCAAAGCUGGAGAGGCGUCCUUAUUUAAAGGCAAUCAAUUUUCAAAGAACCUUUCUCGGAGAGAUACCUAUGGUACCUUAUACAAACUCAAUAAACCUAAAAACAUCAAAGUCAGAGCUGUAGUAGAAACGCAAUGUCUUAUACUCACCUAACCCAAAUUAAUUGAGGUGAUUGGGUUCAAUAUACAGAAGCAAAUCUACCAGGCCAUAAUAAGACAUGUGUUGAUUGAAAUAGAAUUGCCUGGGUUGGAAAUUGAGAAGAUCUUGGAGAAAGAAUAAUAUAAACUGAAGAUUUACAAUAACGAACCUAUACGGUAAAGGUAGAUUCAUGAAGACUUAAACAUAAUCGUUGAUGGAUCGGUUGAUUGUGAAGGAGAAACCUUGAAAUUGGGAGAGUUCAUCUCAGAUUAAUUUGAUAAUUCCGUUUAUGUGGCUAACGGCACCAUUGCCAUCAUCCAAAAAGACUCUCUUUACAUAGAGGAUUACAUUAUAGAAGAGAGCUCGGAUGAGGAAUCAAUUAAGUGCAAACCCAGAUUCACAGAAUUACAGCAAUUGCAAAUCAUUAGAAGGAAUUCUAACAAUAUAAUCAACUUGGUUCAAUUCAAACAAUCCAAUUACAUUCUCAGAUAGAUCAAUAAAUAAUCUCAACAGAAAACCUAAUAGGAAAGAAAAAUGAAAUCACAAAAAAAAGUAUUCGAAACUCUAAAAUGUCCCCAUGUAUCUAAAUAUUAUCAAUUCUAUGAAGAUAAUGUCUCCUAUUACUUUUUAUUUCAAUUUAUUGAUGGAACUCUCCUAUCAGAGAGAAGAUUAAAAUUGCCUCAGAUUCAAUCAUCAAUACUCCAAAUGAUAUCCAUCCUAGAGGCCUGCUAUAAGAAUUCGAUUAUUUGUAGAUCCAUUAAAUUAGAUAACUUUUUGAUUGACUACUAAGGAAACGUCUCCUUGAUUAAUCUUCUGAAUGCUAAGUAAGCCUCCAGAACCUAUACAAUCAUUGGCUCUCCUCAUUACAUGGCUCCAGAAGUACUCGAAGGGAGAGGAUACGAUUGCAAUAGUGAUGUGUGGAGUUUAGGGGUCUGCUUAUACGAGUUGCUUUUUGAAUCAGUUCCCUAUGGCUAGGCAUUGGAUGAUCCAUACUAGAUUUACGAAGAAAUUCUAGGUUAGUCUGAUUUAGAGUUCCCAGAUAGUUAUUAAGAUGAAUAAGGCAAGAGUUUAAUAAGAUAAUUGAUUAACAAGAAUGUGUAUCAAAGAAUAGGUUCCAAUUUCGAUUAACUAAAAAAUCACAGUUGGUUCAGUUAGUUGGAUAUUUCUAACAUCUCUCCAAUUGAAUCACAAAUAGAAAUAAGAUGUUGA